AUGGAAAUUCGCAACCUCUGCUUGGCGGGCGGAUUUCCGUUGAAGAAGUGGGCAGCCAACGACGAGAAGAUCCUGACUGGAGUACCAAGCGAUCAUCGUUUGCAGCAAUUGCCGCCAGCUUGGGAAGGAGAGAGUCACUCCACGCUAGGACUCCGCUGGCACCCGCAACACGACCAGUUCUCUUUCGUGUUUCAUCCGCACGCUGCCAUCAACCACACGAAGAGAACGGUUUUAUCCGAAACCGCACGGCUCUUCGAUCCAAUGGGGUGGCUCGCUCCAGUCGUGAUUCGAGCAAAAAUUUUCAUUCAAUCCACGUGGCUGCAAGGAUUGGACUGGGACACCCCGCUGCCGCCAUCCGACGCUCGAGAGUGGCAACGUCUUCUAGAAGAACUCCAUCUUCUAGAUCAGGUGCGAAUAAAACGCUGGCUCGGGACCGGAGCAGAUAAGGCCUCGCUGCAGCUUCAUGGCUUCGCCGAUGCAUCCGAACGAGGAUAUGCAGCCGCAGUAUACAUCCGCAUCACUGAAAGGAACGAAACGUCAGUAAGGUUAUUGAUGGCCAAAAGCAAGGUAGCACCCGUCAAACAAGUGACCUUGCCGAGGCUGGAGUUGUGCGCCGCCACGCUACUCACCAAUUUGACGCGACAUGUCAAACAAACGCUCGACCUGGCAACAUCAGACACGUACUUAUGGUCAGAUUCAACAGUGACCCUCCAAUGGAUUCGCGGUCACUCCUCACGCUGGAAGACUUUCGUCGCCAAUCGAGUCGCUCACAUCCAGACGCAGCUGCCUAAUGCACAAUGGAGACACGUAGCUGGUCGCGACAACCCUGCGGACUGUGCAUCAAGGGGUAUUAAUCCAAGCGAACUAAUCAAUCACGCUUUAUGGUGGACAGGACCUACCUGGUUGUCACAGCACGAAUCGGCCUGGCCAAAUUCCGUGAUGGAGAUCCGAGGAGACGACGUGCCAGAAAGGAAAGCCACGAGCCUGAUGACUGUCAACCGGGUCAUCGUCGAGCCAGAAAUCCUGCUUCGCUUCUCAUCUCUGCAUCGCCUGCUACGGAUAUCCGCAUGGUGCCGUCGCUGGCUGCGCGCUUCUGAGCCGACUUACACCGCUGGACUAACGUUGAGUCCUGAGGAACUCGACAUGGCACUCUUUCGCUGGCUUCGAGAAGUGCAGACACUGCACUUCACGGACGAGAUCACCGCAGUCGCAGCUGGACGCUCCGUCGCACCACGCAGCCCAUUAGUCAAGCUGACUCCGUUCCUCGACGACCAUGGUGUUCUGAGAGUGGGAGGUCGGCUUAAGCACGCCCUGCUGACACAAGAUGAGAGGCACCCGAUGAUCAUUCCAACCUCGUCGUGGCUGACUCGUCUGCUGGUGGAAUCCUGUCACCGUCGGACGCUGCAUGGCGGAGUGCAACUUACUCUGGGGCUGCUUCGACUGCGCUUCUGGAUUCCACGAGGACGCACAGUUGUGAAACAGCAACUACAUCGCUGCAUCACCUGCACAAGAUAG